AUGCGGUCUGCACGUUUUGCUGACGAAAUAAAAACACCGAUUGAGCAGCAAAGUGAGCUAGUGCGAAAUAUUUACGCUUUCAGAAUGGCUGACUUUGAUAACGCCACCAAGUGUAUCAGGAAUAUCGAAAAGGAGAUUCAUCUUCUACAAGCUGAAAUAUCCAACACACGUAGGGGUAUUGGCCUUGAGGACGACAGCGUGGAACUAAAGAAGCUGAUGGAAGAAAACACGAGAUUAAAGCACCGCUUGGCGAUUCUUCAGUCGGCAAUUUCCAAGGAAACCGGUUCUAGCGAAUGCUCCAACGAUGUGUUCAGUGAAUCGAUUAUCGGAGAACUGCAACGAAUAUUUACGGAAGCGAUACGAAAAGCUUUCUCGGGAAUAUCGGUGGAGGCAGUGGUGACUCUUUCCACUUCACCCAAAUUUGGUGAUUAUCAGUGUAAUAGCGCGAUGCAAAUAGUGCAGCUUCUGAAGCAGCAAGCUAUUAAAAUGUCGCCACGCGAUGUUGCUCAAAAGCUUAUCGAUGAAUUGCGGACUCCGAUUGCCAGCGUUGAAAAAUUUGAAAUAGCCGGAGCAGGUUAUGUGAACAUUUUCCUUUCCAGGUCUUAUGGAGAGCAACGUAUUAUGAGUAUCCUGAAGGAAGGAAUACGUCCACCAUCGAUGAAAAAGAAACGUGUGGUGGUGGACUUCUCGUCACCGAACGUGGCGAAGGAGAUGCAUGUCGGGCAUUUGCGUUCCACCAUUAUCGGCGAUUCGAUUUGUCGUUUUCUUGAGUAUCUUGGACAUGAUGUACUUCGCAUAAACCAUAUCGGCGACUGGGGAACGCAGUUCGGGAUGCUGAUCGCUCAUUUGCAAGAUCGUUUCCCUAACUUUCAAACGGUUUCACCUCCGAUCAGUGAUUUGCAAGCGUUUUACAAGGAAUCAAAGGUUCGUUUCGAUAGUGAUGAGGCGUUUAAAAAACGUGCCUAUGAGUGCGUUGUCAAACUGCAAAGUGGAGAACCGAGCUACUUAAAGGCGUGGAAUUUGAUAUGCGACGUGUCACGUAAAGAGUUCCAAACCAUCUACAACCGGCUGGACAUAAAGCUAAUUGAGCGCGGCGAAUCUUUUUAUCAAAGUCGAAUGAAGAAAGUCGUGGAAGAGCUUAGACAGACCGGAUUCCUCGAAGAAGACGAAGGGAGGCUUAUCAUGUGGAACGAAGACCGGUCCGGAAUUCCGUUGACUGUCGUGAAGUCUGAUGGCGGGUUUACAUACGACACUUCCGAUAUGGCCGCUAUCAAACAACGUUUGCAGGAGGAAAAGGCAGAUUGGCUCGUAUACGUAACCGACGCCGGACAAGCCACUCACUUCCAGACUAUCUUUUCCUGUGCAAAACGUGCUAAAAUUCUAGAUGAGAGUAAACACCGCAUAGACCAUGUUGGUUUCGGUGUUGUGCUUGGCGAAGAUGGUAAAAAAUUCAAGACCCGGUCCGGUGACACGGUCAAAUUGGCCGAACUGCUGGAUGAGGGUUUAAAACGCGCGAUGGAUAAACUUCUACAAAAGGAACGUAAUUUGGUCCUCACGCCUGACGAAUUGGUUGCUGCUCAAGAGUCAGUAGCGUACGGGUGUAUCAAAUACGCAGAUCUGUCCCACAACCGUAACAAUGAAUACGUGUUUUCCUUCGAUAAGAUGUUGGAGGACAAAGGUAAUACGGCCGUUUACUUACUGUAUGCCUACACUCGCAUACGGUCUAUCGCCCGUAACUGCGGUGGCGAUUUUGCGAACAAUAUGCAAAAGGUGAUCGAUACCACGGAGCUGAAGCUAGAACACGAAAAGGAAUGGAAGCUAGCCAAGGUUCUGCUCCGGUUUACCGAUGUCGUUUUGCUUAUCAUGAAAAAUCUGUCCCUGCACUGCCUGUGCGAGUUUGUGUAUGAAGUUUGUACCACGUUUAGCGAAUUUUACGACAGUUGCUACUGUAUCGAAAAGAAUAAGCAAGGAGAAAUCGUCAAGGUUUAUGCAUCCAGGAUUUUGCUGUGCGAAGCGACAUCCAGAGUGUUGGGCAAAUGUUUCGACAUUCUGGGUCUGAAGCCAGUGCAUAAAAUAUGA